AUGGCGACUGGAUUUCGCAAAGCAGCUGCAGCCACUGUUAGAAAAAAAUCAUCAGGACCAAAAUUUGAAUUAACUGAAGAACAAAAAGUUGAUAUAAAAGAUGCUUUUGAUUUAUUUGAUACAGAAGGCACUGGUAAAAUUGAUACAAAAGAACUUAAGGUUGCUAUGAGGGCUCUUGGUUUUGAGCCUAAAAAAGAAGAAAUUAAAAAAAUGAUUGCUGAUGUCGAUAAAGAUGGAUCAGGGAAAUUGUCUUAUGAAGAAUUUUUAAAUUUAAUGACUAUUAAAAUGGCUGAUAAAGAUACUAAAGAGGAAAUAUUAAAAGCAUUUAGAUUAUUUGAUGAUGAUGACACAGGAAAAAUAUCUUUUAAAAAUAUUAAAAGAGUAGCUAAAGAACUGGGGGAAAAUUUAACAGAUGAAGAAUUGCAAGAAAUGAUUGACGAAGCUGAUAGAGACGGAGAUGGUGAAGUAAAUCAAGAAGAAUUUUUUAGGAUUAUGAAGAAAACAAGUUUAUAUUAA